CUAGCUGAUAAAAACUCUUCCUAUUUGUAGAACCUGCAUUGCACUGAUCAACUCUUGGGAACCUUAUUCAUACUUCUGACCACUUUGAAUACACUCGGCAAACAAAUUGCUUUUAAUUUGAGAGUUCGGCGCAUCGAUAAUAUGAUUGACGUAAUUAAGGGAUCAUAUUUUGCACCUAAAAACUCAUUCCACGAGGACAUAGCAAGGGCCAACGCAGUAUCGAUGACUCGUCUCCACAAACUUUAUUGCAUUGCUGUAAGCAUUUGUGGUGUUCUAUUUACUGCUUAUCCUCUUAUAAAUAAAAGUUUGGGACAAGAAGCUCAAGUUCCGGGAUAUUUCCCUUUUGACACGAGUGAGACUCCAAUAUUUCAUAUAGCAGUUGUGUACAUGAGUGUCCUUAUUACUCUGCAAGCUUAUGGCCAUGUGACGAUGGACUGUACAAUAGUGGGAUUUUACGCACAAGCUAAAACCCAAUUGCAAAUCCUUAGACACAAGUUUGAACAUUUUGUGGAUGAAUUUGAAUCUGAGGGGAAAAGUACAGAUCACUUUGAAUAUAUUGACCAAAAUGAAAAUCAUAAGCGAGCGUUGCAGAAGAAAUUCGUGUGCUGUUUGGAUCAUUACGAACUUAUUGUUUGGUUUGUAAAGGAAGUAGAAUCUAUUUUUGGCGAAGCGAUGAUAUUUCAGUUUUUCGUUAUGGUCUGGGUAAUCUGCAUGACCACGUACAAAAUUGUCGGGCUUUCUGUAAUGUCCGCAGAAUUUAUUUCGAUUGUAAUGUAUCUUGGGUGCAUGUUGGCGCAGCUUUAUAUUUACUGUUAUUAUGGAACACUUCUUAAGGUAGAGAGUGAACUAGUGAACGACUCCAUAUAUCAGUCAGGAUGGCAGUCCCUCUCACCUGCAUUUCGUCGUCAACUGUACAUGCUUAUGGAAAGAUGUAAACGGACGGUGGAGCUUCGCACCGCUUUCGUCAUACCUAUGUCACUGGAUACGUAUAUUUCUAUUUUGAGAUCAUCUUACGCACUCUUUACAAUUUUGGAUAGAAAAUAGAUCUUAAAAAUGAGUAAGUAUACAUACUUAUGUUAUGUGGCACGUGCUUGGAUGAAAUUAAACACUAAUUCAUCCAA